CGCCGUCCUCGAAGCGUCGGCCAUCUUGUGUGCGGUUGUGGUAGCGGCGGCGGCUGCGCUUCGCCGGCUCCAGCCUUUCCACACCGUGUCGGAGCGGCCGCUGUUGGGUGGGAAGCCGCGCCAUGUCUGCGGAAAGCUCGGAGCCCGCUUCUGCGGAGGAGCAGAAGGAAAUGGAGGACAAGGUGAUUAGCCCGGAGAAAGCUGAGGAAGCAAAGUUGAAAGCCAGAUAUCCUCAUCUGGGACAAAAGCCUGGGGGCUCGGAUUUCUUGAGGAAGAGGCUUCAGAAAGGACAAAAGUAUUUUGAUUCUGGGGAUUAUAAUAUGGCGAAAGCAAAAAUGAAGAACAAGCAGCUCCCUACCACAGCCCCAGACAAAACUGAAGUGACGGGUGACCACAUUCCUACUCCACAGGACCUUCCACAGCGAAAACCGUCUCUCGUUGCUAGCAAACUGGCUGGCUGACUAGACUCUCAGAACUGCAUGAAUCUUCUCAUUCCCUUAAUCUUUCCUUAAUAGUUAUUUCUCACCUUUUUUGUUUUUGUUUCCACUAAGACAUUGACUGAUCGCUUUGCAGGUAGUGGUAGCCUGUGCUGCUAUUGUAAGAGAGUCCUGUUAAGAAUUAAGUUGAGUAGUCCUUGGAUGAGUUGAGAACAAUGCACUGAUUAAAAAAAAAAAAGGACGUUUUGUUAGAACAAUGUAAAGUUACUCUACUUGAAAAUGUACAUAUUACCUAUUUGCUAGCGUAGGGCUGGUUCCAGCAAGUGACAUAAUACCAAGUUUGACAAUUUUUAAUGUUUCUGCUUUCCUAAGUUCACUUUAAUUACAGCAUAGUAUGUUUGUAUUGAAUACAAUCCCCGUUUGUGUUCCUUCCUGUGUUUUGGUUUUGUACACUAGAGGUUUAGACCACAAGUUACUAGAAGGUAAAGCAUGUAUUAAAAAAAGAGAGAGAUGGGGCUCUGACUUAAUUUGCAUAUCUGCUCUCGAACUUGAAUGGCCUUAAACCUACUUCAGCUUUAAGAAUAGAUUUUUUUACUUGGGCAAUAUUUGCCCAUUUUGGUGUAAUUCUUGUGAACCUAGUGCUUAUUGACAACUAUCUGUUGAAGCUGGUAUUCCUUUGGAUUCCGUAGCAUAGAACACAUUCUUGCAGUGAAUGAAGUGUGCAUGUGCAUUGACUGAAUUCACUAUUGUGCCAUUUCUGUAAAUAAGAUAGUUUUGCACAACUUUUGCAAAUAUCUGUUAUCUCUACAUUUUAGAAAAUGUGCCAACUGGAAGCACAAGUAAUUCUGUACCUUUGAAAGUCAUAAACCUCUGAGUCAAAAUUAACUUAUUGAAAGUAACAGGCCUGCAUAUAGAAGAUUUGGGGAACACCGAAAGCACUAUGAUGAACCGUUUUCACUAGUAUGCCCAUUUUUGUGUGUAUCAACAAUAAUCUCCAGUCCUAAAAUGGAAACAUUUCAGCUAGUAUAUCUAAGCUGUAGUUUGGCUUACUUUAAGGGGAACUGAGUGAAUUAAAGGCAAAUAUACUACAUGAAGCCGCUUGUGGGUCACUGUGUAAGAUAUCCUAAGGCUAGCUAUAUUUGCUUUUCAGUAUCUUUAAAAAAAACCAACCAUACCUUUUAAGACUUGUAUGAGCUACAGGAUGCGUUGGAAUGUGUAAGUGUGGGAAAAUCUGUGUUUUUACUUAAAGUCUUUUGAUAUGUGACGUAUACUUACUCAGAAGUAGUGUGGUCAGAAGGAAUUCUAACUGCUUUCAUUUGGAUUGGGAGGUGAAGGUAUUUUCAGGUGAUACUUAAGAAUUCCACAUAUAUUUCAGAGACAAGCUAAUUCCUUGAUUCAGAUGAAAACAAUUAGAAUUUUUUUGUUGAUGUAUAUUAUAAGUAGAUACUCCAGGAGGGACUGUUCCUGAAAGUGGACCUGCUUCAGAUUAAUGCAGUUGGCUAAAACUCGUUCAUAAAAACCAGUUAAUGUCAAGGAUGGUAUUAAAAGAAUUCCAGAUAAAUUUUACCAAGCAUUUUCACCCCGAGGGGAGUUAGACUGUCUGUUGCUUCAGCUUCCAAGAGGAGCAUAUAGCAGGAGGGACCAUAUUAAAGAUAGAAAUCUUCCUCUAAGAAGCAAACUAGAAUCAAUAUAGCUAAUAAUUACAUUGUAGAGUAAGCUCUGAUAUUGUAACUAAAAGCUCUGAUUUUCAAAGGUAGUGAGCACCACUAUCUCCUAUUGACUCCCCCCCCCCUCUUGAAAAGAAAUCUGAUCUUGUUUCUAUACCGAAAGUAAACAUAGUAUGAUGUAUGGGUGAUCAAUUUAGAUAUACUGGAAAUUAAUGUUACUUGUGAAGGAGUUAUUUUGUUGUUGGCCUGUCUUACAGAAUGAAGAUGCCUUUAAAUUCUUGGACAUAACCAACUUUUGUCCAUUGGUAAUAAUUCAGUAGGCCUAAUUCUUACUGUAUUUCUCUGUAGCAUUUAAACGUGACCCUCUUAAUUGCAGUUGACAACCUCAUCAUUUACACUUCGCUUUUAAAAACAACACAGAGGGGAGAAGGAUCCCAUUUACUGGAUAAGGAGCAAGGUGACAAUAAAUGGGUUUCCUUGGAAGGUCAUCUAAAAAAACCAUAACUUUAUUUUUGUAUGGGUAGUAAAUAAAUGCAAAAUCUAGGCUUCAUAUGAAUCGAACUACUGUGGCCUAAACCCAGUAAUUUCUAACCACGGAAAAUGACUCUGUUUUCUGGUUGCUGCUGCUGCACAGCAGUUGAAUAGUCAGGUUGAAUUAGUAUGACAUGUAGGGAGAUAUAAAUAGCCAUGUAAACCUAAACAUUCCUCCCCCCCCCCCAGUUACAGUUUGCAAUUUUGCGUUUUUGAUUCCACUGUGCAAACUGUCCAUUUCCCUUCACUGAAUUAAAAUGUUAAGGCUGUAAGGAAAACAUAAAUGGAUUUGUAGGAAUAUAUACUUACAGUACCAACUAGUCCAGUCCGACAGUGAAUAUGAAUCUCUGGAUGAACUUCAACAACUGAAGAUAGUUUGGUCAUCUGCACUGUUAAGGAUUCAAGGAGGUGGAACAAUAAUCAUUUCAGUAGAAGGAUCAAACUGUGAUGACUAACUUACAACUUUCAGCUUACUCCAUCAUGAUAAAGCUAUAAAGCUUGUGUACAUACUGUAUAAAUGAGUUUUACCAUUUGAUAAAUGACCUUUUUUCAGAGAUCUAUCUGCACUAUAGUUGGGCAAUCUCUCAGCAUUAUGCAGUGAUUAGUAGUGCUUAAGUAUGUCUAUAAUGAAGACAGUAUCUAGUAGAGCCCCCCCAAACCUUCCCCAUUAGUUACUGGUGGAGUAAAUCACGUGAUUCAUAAGUAUCCUUUCCCUUACUGCUAUCCUACCCAUUCAUGACUCAUACUUAAGAGGAGAGUGUUUGUGCAAAGGCCACAAAAGAACUGUUUGGUUUGCUAUGUUGUCCCUUAAUGCAUUCCUGAUGCUGAAGUGAUGAAAAUUUCAGUUGCUCCUUACCAACACAUACUGUAUAGUAUGCAUAAUAAAUCCAUCUAAUUAGUUUUCAUUGCUCUGUAGAAGUUUGUCUGGUCUUCACUGUGGUUUUUCAUAACUGCAUUGCAUCUCAUCUCGUUUCCAGCUUAGUCUCUGCAGAACUUGCUUUGGACUUCUGAUAACAUAGCUGGGGCCUCUCAUUUUCUAAUAUGUUUGACUACAGAACUAAAACGUACCUUACUGUAAUUACCUUUAUAUA